GGGAGGGGAGAGUGUUGGGUGUCCCAAGGAGGAAGAUGACAGCAUCAACUGUGAUGUAACAGUCCGCAGUGGGUGCUGCCAGUCGCUGGAUCGAGGUGCAGGCGGCUCCGCGAAGCUGGCGUGACGGCGGGGGCGCGUGCGAGCAUGCGCGGGGGUGAGGCGGCGCCGCCUUCCCACAGCGCUGGCGGAGACGCGCGUCAUGCCAGAAGAAAAGCAGGGGCAGGCGCCUGGAAGAAAAAGUCUGGCCGUGACCACAGGAAGGACAUCACUCCAGGACACCUGACACCAGUUCACACAAAAGUCACAAGUGCCUUCUAAUGGCCACUGACAUCGCCUGGACGCUUCUUCUUUUCAUCGCCGUUUUCCACUCCGCCACAUCACUUGGGAGAAGCAGAGAGACGAGAGCAAAGAAUGGUCCAUACACAGGAUUCAAAGUCUUGGAAGUUAAAGUUAAAGGCACAAACAACACAGCUGAACUUAUCUCAAACCUUGAGACGAAAUUUCAGGUGGACGUGUGGGGUCAUCCAUCAAGAGAUGCAACCGACAUCAUGGUUAGUCCAGUGUACUUGAACGAUGUUGUCCAGACCUUAACUGAUAACAACGCAUCUGUCAUCAUCAAGUUUGACGACGUACAGAAGCUGCUUGAGGACCGGGUCGACGAGGACAGCAAACUCACUCGACAGCGUCGCUCAGUUCCUCCCACUGUCGUCAGCAGGCGCUACCUGCGCCUUCCUCAGAUGAGACAGUUUCUGAACCACGUGCGAGAACACUCCCCGAUAGCUAAUGUCACGGUGUCCAGUCUGGGCCGCAGCUUUGAAGGACGAAGUACUCCCUACGUUCUGAUAAAGAGCAAGAAUUCAAAGGGAGAUAAGAUGGUUAUAAUUAUUGACGCCGGGAUUCACUCCCGUGAAUGGAUAGCUCCAGCCAUGGCGCUUAAUAUCGUCUACAAGUUGGCCUUUAACCCUGACCACGACCCGGAGGUAGAAGACCUUCUGGAGAAGUUUGACUGGAUCAUUAUUCCAGUGCUGAAUCCGGAUGGAUAUGUCUACAGCCAUCUUAAUUCCUCUACCAGACUCUGGCGAAAGACUCGGAGCAACGCUUAUUCCAACGAACCUAGAUGUCAAGGUGUGGACGCCAACAGGAACUUUGGCUACCAGUGGAGCGACUCGCCCCAACGCGGAGGAAGCAGUAAUCCCUGCAACGACAACUUUUCCGGACCGCAAGGAUUUUCAGAACCGGAAACACGCAACCUGCGCAACCUGAUGCGCAGUCUUGAAGGUCGUAUCGCCGCCUACUUUUCUCUUCACUCCUAUGGACAGUACUUCCUCUUCCCAUGGGGCUAUGAUGCCGGAGCGAGGCUGGAAGAUGAAGACGAAAUGAUGGAAGUUGCCAGAAAGUUUUCAGACACCAUGUGGGAGAAGAAUCUAUGGUAUGAGGUAGGAGCUGCAGCAAAAGUUUUGUACGCAGCAGCAGGAGCCUCAGAUGACUACGCACGAGGCGGGGCCGGCGUGAAGUACGCCUUCACCGUGGAGCUGUCCCCAGCCGACAGCAGUCCCUACGGUUUCCUGUUGCCAAGCAACCUGAUCUCAUCAGUUGUGGAUGACCACUGGCCUGCCUUUAAGGCCGUUGCCCUGACCGUGUGGGACAGACUUGUGGAGGACACAGAGGACCAAAGCAGCGAUGGAGACGAGGACACCAUUGAAACCCACUCAGACGACGAGAACCAUAUGCACUCCGACGAAUCCGAUGAAGAUAUACCCGACGAGGGGGAACGCACAACGGCAUCCACCCGACGAAAGGGAGGCAACGCGCUCGGCAGACGGAAGAAUAUGGACGGCCUGACGGAAGUCACUAUAAACGGUCAUAGGUACCGAAUAAACCUCAACUCCCCCUUUGUAGAAGACUGGCUUCGGUACCAAAUCGAGUAUCUCAACUACCAGCGGCAGGCCCCACGAUGGAGUUCCCCUUGAAGACUCGAGCUCUCACCUAGCUGCGUGUGUCCUUCUAUGAUUUUCACCGACAAAAGAGUCCAGCUGAAUUAGUUUUGCAUUUAAAAGAAAACACCAAAAGUUUCUUUGAACUUCUGAAAAUCAGCUUACUUUGAUUUGAACCCCUCCCGCCGAAAAAAUAGUUAAAAUAUAAAGAAUAAAGCAAAAUAUUGAAAUUUCGUCUUACUUCCUCCCAUUUUAUAAACUUGUUUUUUGAAAUAGAAAACUGGUUACAUAUGAAACAAAAAUAAUCUAAUUCAGCUGGUCGAUUGAUCUGUGUUAAUUAUUUGCGUUUAACGCACUUUCCCAUUAAGACAGGAUGUUCUGUAAUAUGAACACUGACAUGGUCUGUGCACCACACACAUUCUUCACAAGCCAGAAGAAAUGGCUCGAAAAUUUUCUUUCAAAGGUCCAUAAAAAUUUGCUUUUUCUGUCCCACCUGUAAGCUUAACCGUGAUGCUUUCUCGUGGCUGUUGACAAGAGCAGGCAGCUUAGUCAGUUCUUCUGUUUGUUGUAACUAAUGGUGUACUAUAGGACUUGCUGUGAGCCGUUGUUUGAAUACAUUGACUGAAAAAAAAAGACCAAGAACAAGUCAGAAAGUGGACUUCCAUUCGAUUUCAAACCAGAUCUUCGAGGUAAACUUUGCUGAUGUUGCAAAGAAAUAUUUUUUCCACAUGCUCUUCCCAUUGAAGAGAGAGAAAGCAUCGGUUUUGAACCCUGAAGGAAAGUUUUGAACGGUCAGGUUCGCGCUGUAGGUGCGUGGCCAUGUGAUUGCCACGUGACCUAUUGUCGCCGAUGAGCCUCCCUUGUGUGGCCUGUGUGGACAGCUUUCCACUGAGAAGUAUUUAUUGUUGUCUAUGUGUUUGCUGAGCCUUGCUGGGUUGAUAAUGUGGCAUUGUAUCAUGAAUUCCUUUAGGCCGUUGAAAAUCUCACGAGAAUGCGUCUUGUCGACAAGGAUGUCCAGUCUGCAUGCAGGACACGAAUGGCCAUUGUUUACUUUAGACCUUAGACCAGUGUAUUUGGAUGAAAAGAAAUUUACCAAGUAAAGCAGAUGUCGGGGAAAGGGCUGAUAGAAAGAAUAAUGUGAGUUUUUCUUAAUGAAAGUGGGGAUAUAUUAUGUGAGAAGGACUUUAAUCGUGUGAACUAAUGUACAUUAAUUUUGACAGGGAGAUGUCUCCCAUGCUAGGUCUGAUGAAAGGAGCCAGGGAAGACCUUUACAAAUGCUGUAAUUUCUUGAAGGAGCCUGCGCAAACACUGUUGUUGUCAUAUCUUGCGCAUGAACAAAUAAAGUUUAUUGAACUAAAA